CUCCUCAUAAAAACAGAUUAUUUAUUAUUUUCUUCUCAAUCUUCUCUUCAUUAAUCAUGGAGAUAAGGCAGUUUCUCUUGUUUAAUAUAUUUUUAUUGGUUCUUCAUCUCUCUUUGCUAAGCAACAACAAUGGAGGAGGAGGAGGUGUUGAAGCAUCUCACAAGCUUUUUCCAGAAUUUCAGUCUCUUAACGCAGUUAGGGUUGGUGAAGUUCAUAGAACUGGAUUUCACUUUCAGCCCCCUAGAAACUGGAUUAAUGAUCCAAAUGGCCCAAUGUACUACAAAGGCUUCUACCACCUGUUCUACCAGUACAACCCAUAUGGAGCAGUUUGGGGCAACAUUGUCUGGGCCCAUUCUGUGUCAAAGGACAUGAUCAACUGGGAAUCACUUGAGCCCGCAAUCUACCCAUCAAAGCCUUUUGAUUACAAAGGCUGUUGGUCUGGGUCUGCCACUAUUCUCCCAGGCAACAAGCCCAUUAUUCUCUACACCGGCAUCAUAGACCCAGGCCAAACCCAAAUCCAAAACUACGCGAUACCCGCCAAUGAGUCCGACCCAUAUCUCCGCCAAUGGAUCAAACCGGACAAUAACCCGUUGGUGGUUGCCAGCCAGGGAGUGAACUCCACCGCGUUCCGUGACCCUACGACGGCCUGGCAGGGCAAAGAUGGGGUUUGGAGGAUUUUAGUGGGUGGUAGAAGGAGGAAUAGAGGGAUUGCACAUUUAUACAAGAGCAAGGACUUUACGCAUUGGACCAAGGCCCAACACCCUCUGCAUUCAAAGGCCCGAACUGGUAUGUGGGAAUGCCCAGAUUUUUUCCCGGUUUCAGGGUCCAGUAAAAAUGGGCUGGACACUUCGGCCCAAGGGAAUGAUGUGAAGCAUGUGUUGAAGGUUAGCUUAGAUGUGACAAGAUAUGAGUAUUACACAUUAGGUAAAUAUGAUGAAGUGAAGGACAGAUAUGAACCUUUCAAUACUUCUGAUGAUGGUUGGACUGGGCUUAGAUAUGAUUAUGGUAACUUUUAUGCUUCAAAGACGUUCUUUGAUCCUGCAAAGAAUAGGAGGAUUUUGUGGGGUUGGGCUAAUGAGUCUGAUGCUGCCCCAACAGACGAUGUAGCUAAAGGAUGGUCAGGACUUCAGGCAAUUCCAAGGACUGUAUGGUUGGACCCAAAUGGAAAACAGUUGUUACAAUGGCCUAUUGAAGAAAUUGAGACUCUGAGAAGGCAAAAUGUGCAGAUGAAACCUCACAAGCUCAAAACAGGAGAGCAUGUGGAAGUAAAGGGAAUCACUCCUGCCCAGGCUGAUGUUGAUGUUACCUUCUCAUUUGAAAGCUUGGACAAAGCAGAGCCGUUUGAUCCAAAAUGGAGCACUGAUGCACAAAAACUCUGUGCACAAAAAGGAUCAAAAGUUGGGGGUGGGGUUGGUCCAUUUGGGCUGUUGACAUUAGCUUCAGAGAAGCUUGAAGAGUUCACUCCUGUCUUCUUCAGGAUCUUCAAGGCUCCAAACAAGCACGUAGUCCUCAUGUGCUCUGAUGCAACAAGCUCCUCCUUGAAAAGUGGACUAUACAAACCAUCAUUUGCUGGGUUUGUGGAUGUUGAUUUGUCUGAUAAAAAGCUUUCACUAAGAAGCUUGAUCGAUCAUUCUGUUGUGGAGAGUUACGGAGCUGGUGGUAAAACAUGUAUCACAUCAAGGGUUUAUCCGACAUUAGCCGUCACCAAUCAAGCUCACUUGUUUGUAUUCAACAAUGGCAGUGAGACUAUCUCUGUGGAUCACCUUAAUGCCUGGAGCAUGAGAAGACCACUUCAAAUGAACAACUGAAGAAAAUGUAGGCAGAGAAACACAAAUAACUUUUUGUAGCCCCUCUAAUCUUUGAAAAGCACUGAUAAGUUGUACUGUUUAGCAAAACAAUGAGAUUUUAUAUAUUCUAUUAGUUAUAAGCAGCUGAAA